AUGGAUAAUGAAAUAGAUAAUAAAAUCUGUGAAAUUGUAACAUCUCAAAAAGGACAUAAUAAAAUUAAUGUGCGCAGUUAUUUGAUGGUAAAAGAAAAGGACCAAAAUGAUAUUUAUUACUGGUGUUGUGAGAAAAGAAAAAGUGAAAAUUGUAAAGCUACUAACGGUAAUGUCGUAAAUGCUGUAGCUCAUAUUAAAAAGCAAGCUAAAGAAACUAGAAAAUCACUUGUACAGAUUAUUCAAAGCAAUAUAACUAUCAUCUCCGAAGAAGUUGCUACUUACAUGUCAACACAAAAUGCUCUUUGUGCAAGCGUUAGAAAAGCUAAAAUGUUACCUGAACCACAAUCUCUUGAUGGAAUUGAUAUUCAAGAUUCCCUUCAGUAUAUAUUAACCAAUGAUAUUUCCGAUGCUUUCGAUAUUUUAAAACCAUUAAUGCCCUCAAUUGCAGAUAGUGUGGUAUCAUGGUUUGAAGAAAACUAUGUUCAUGGAAAGAUACAAAGGAAUUCCAAGAACACAGAAUAUAGUAGAAGCUUAACAUCGUCAUUGGAAAAUAUUGUCAGAAAAUCACAUAUAGGAGUUUAUACAAUAAUUCAAGAGUUUCAAAAAGAACAGCAAGUUGAGAAAAUUUUUCAUGGUGAACAACGAUUAAGUCAGAAAAAUAUUUAA